GCCAAUUCUCAGCGGAUUGUUGUGUAGACUGUGACUGUGUGUAGGUCAGUAGUGUCAUUUGUGAUUAUCCUGAAGGUGAAUCGGUGGUCCUCUUCCGUAGUGGAAAGAAGAAAAUGGGAUGACGUGAAGUGUUUGACCCUGAAAUCCAGUUGUAUAAAUGGUAUUGAGGAAUGCUUGUUGACUACUACUGAUAUUCCUGAUCUCAUGAGGCGUAGCAGUUUCCUUUGAGAGAGUUUCUGUUGACUGGGAUAGGAAUUGCUUUAUCAUGACAGGUAACAGAAAAAUGGCUGUUGAUGAAGAUGGUGAUGUUUUGCCUAGUCGUGAUGCUGCUAAAGGAUUUUAUGCAAAAUAUGAACCAAAGGAAGUUCUAGGAAGGGGCGGCUGUUCUGUUGUACGUCGAUGUAUUGAGAAGGAAACUGGAAAUCAGUAUGCAGCAAAGAUUAUAGACUUGAGUGAUUCAUCUGAAGAAGGAGUGCUAGAGGCAACAAUUCGUGAAAUUGAAGUGCUACGUCUUGUGGCUGGACACCCUUAUAUCAUUGAACUCCAUGAUGUAUUUGAGUCUUCAACAUUCAUCUUUCUGGUGUUUGAACUUUGUGAACAUGGAGAGCUUUUUGAUCACCUUACUACAGUUGUCACUUUGUCAGAAAAGAAAACAAAAGUCAUAAUGAGGCAGUUGUUUGAAGCACUGGCUCAUGUCCAUGGGAAGGGCAUUGUUCACAGAGAUUUAAAGCCUGAAAAUAUUUUGUUGGAUGACAACUAUAACAUCAAGCUUACUGACUUUGGCUUUGCAAAAGUUUUGCAACCAGGAGAAACACUGACAGACGUUUGUGGUACUCCUGGCUAUCUUGCACCAGAAGUUCUUCGAUGUGCGAUGUUUGAGGGUUCUCCAGGAUACUAUCAUGCUGUUGAUCUAUGGGCCUGUGGUGUAAUCAUGUAUACACUGUUAGUUGGAUGCCCCCCUUUUUGGCAUAGGAAACAAAUGAUCAUGAUAAGAAAUAUCAUGGAGGGAAAAUAUAGUUUUCAGUCUCCUGAAUGGGAUGAUAUCACAGAUACUCCAAAAGACCUCAUAUCAAAGUUGUUAGUGGUAGACCCAGCUAAGCGCAUUACAGUUCAGCAGGCUCUAAACCAUGAUUUCUUCCAGAUUCUGCCUAGCCGGAGUCAAAUAAUUGCUGGAACUGUAUCACAGAAGCAAUACAAAGGUCGUCCCUUCAAUGCUAGAAAAAUGUUCCAGUUUGGAAUUUUGUGUGUUCGUUCUGUAAUCAGAAUCCAACGACUUCGUUACACUCCUGAACCUGUGUCACUUGCUGUUACUCGUGUUGACCCAUAUAAGAUUAAAGCUCUUAGAAAGGUUAUUGAUAAUUGUGCCUUCCGUGUAUAUGGCCAUUGGGUUAAGAAAGGAGAAGGACAGGACAGAGCUGCACUCUUCCAGAACUGCCCCAAAUAUGACUUCAGCCGCAGCACUCAUGAUCCACCUCUCAUCAUGUCUUCAGCAUAACUUUUUAUGAUAACUUUUGCUUUCCAAAGUAUCUGAAUAUUAGAAAUUAAACAUUUGUGAAUGGUUAUGUUGAUUGGUAAGUGAUUAUAAAGCCUGAAAUAUUUUUUAUUGAGUUGCAUUAAUUUUUAUGUUUUGUUGGUUGCAAUUAAUUUUAUAACAUGAUUAGGGUAAACAUUCAUUUGGUUACAAUUCUUUAUGCUGGAUUGUUGAAAACUAGAUUUUCACAACAUUUUUCCGUUUGUUUUUAGUUUAUUUUUCUUUCAAUUUUACAAGUAAUUUUUAUCCAUAUUAAUUUUAAUUUUUAAAAUUUGUUUUUAUGCUUAAAAAACAGGAAUCAUGAAAUGAACUAUGCACAAAUCUUUAAAUGACUGUACUAAGGUAUGAAAUAAGAUAUGAAAAAAAUUUAAACUAAUUGAAGUAAUUUAACUAAUACGUACUACUAUAGUUUGAAGUGACCUGGUGAGAAAUUUCUCCUAGAUAGAAUUUUGUGGUGAUUUAUAAUUUUAUCUAUGACUACUUCCACAAAGAAUAUUUGGUUGUUUCAUUUAUAUACAAUAUAUGUAUUUUGUGAAUGGCACCAUAUGUUUGUUUGGGCUCCAGGUUAUUUGUACAUUUAUUUAUUUGUCCUAUAGAAUAGAGGAUGUACUCUAGUCAUUGUAUAAAUUUCAGUGGUGUUGUAUAUACAUAUAUUUUGCUGUGGCCAUAUUUAUUUCCUUUAUGCAUUUAAAAUGGUUAGAAAUUAAUUUGAGAACUGUUGAUGUAUUAUAAAUUAUUUUUAAAUGGAAGACUGUAGGACAAGCCACCCAUGGAUAUUUGAUGAACUGCCCACAAGAUCCAGUCCCUGUGUAAAUAGAAUAUGCAAUGGCACUGGUAGUUAAACAUUAUUGUGUGUAAAGUAUAGUUGACAGUAAAUAUCAGGGUUUGGAAAAAGUCAGUUUAAAUUUUGUUGAUAUCUCCAUUUUCAAUUAACCCAAAGAUGAAAUUUUAAAAAGUAAAGAGCCAAAAAAAUUACUUCGGUGGCCUAGUCAAACUAUGGAAUACUAAUGGCAACAAAUAGUAAUUUUAAAACGGUUUUGUAAAGAAUGUUAUUCUACAUAAGCAAUUUGCCUAAAUAAAUUUCAUCUAGAAAUAAAGGUUAGGUGUGCUAAGUUAUUUCCUUUGGCAGUGCUACACAAUUAGGAAAAUUUUGGUUUGCAAGAAAGGAAUUACUCAAUAAAAACCACAAUCAUCAAAACUAAAUUGUGGAACAUAAACAAAAAAAAAACAUACCAAGACAUUUGUCGCCAAUGCCCUGAAAUACAGCACUAUGUUCAGACUGUCCACUGUUUUGUGGUACAGUUGAACAAAUAAUAUAGCAAAUGGUUGUGUUUGGCAAUUGACAACUUGUAUUAUUUAGUAACUAAGUUCAAAAGUUCUGAUACUUAUCAGAGUAAAAGUGAGGUUAAGACCUCAGGUUUGUUAGUUAUUAAAAAUACAAAUUGAUUAAAAA